ACAAAGACACCUCCUUGAGAGAUGGGUUGCUGGUAUUCUUUUUCCUGGUCCUUCCACUCCUUUUAGCUGCUGCUGUGGCAUUUGCAAAGAGAAAGGCGCUGAAGCAAUGGUUCAGGAGAACGAUAUCACAUUGUCAUCGAUCACAUACAAGCGUGCCAACUCCUCCUCCUCGCACAGAGACAGACCCAGGAAACUUUCAGCAGAACAUGCCAUAUACUUCGAGGAGCGUACCCAUGGACAUGCCAGCAAACAAAUUCACUGUGCCACCUUAUGCAGUUAAUCAUAAUCAACCAGCUUAUCACCAGCCUUACAAUUAUCCUCAGCCACACCAGGAGCAGCAGCAGUAUAAGAUACCUACAAGGCCACCUCCACCACAACAGAAGAACGUACCUCAGGGACACUAUUUUCCUUCUCGACCUGCACCUUUACCUCCCAUGUAGUUUUUAGUUUCUCUUUUACCCUUUCACAAACUGACCUGUUCACUAAAACCGAGCUGAAAUUCUUUAUCCUUCUUGCAUCAAAUGGCCCAUGAUAUCCCAGAGAGCCGCCUUUCUGCAGUACUGGAUAUGGAAAAUGAGAUGGAAACACAAGGAAUGUAAGAUAUUAAACAAAGAUACCUAUACCAAAGCUACAGGAACGGAAUACAUCAAGUCUGUUCUUAGCUCCGUGUAUGAGUAUCAUGGCUUUGCAAACUGAAGUUGGACUAUCCAGUUGGAAGUGGUUCAGUCUGCAGUAAAAUAAUCUAAAAUACAGCACUUGGGAGUUACUUUUUGUUUCCCACAUCUUAUGAUGAGACACAAUCAUAAAAUAUUCCAUGUGGCUUAUUGUCUUUCUAUAUGUACAAUGAAGAGUAAAAAAACUAUUACCUGGGCAGGUGUUAAAAAAUGGAAUUGUAAAAAUCAGGCCACUUGAUUUAACAAAAAUAUUGUUUACAUGUUCUUGUUUUGCCUGGACUAGAAACCAUUAUUCCUGUAUAUACAACUAAGGGCACAAGUGAAAUAAGAUGCCAGUAUAUUUUGAAAGGAAGAUGAAAUAUCCUAUAAACAUGUUUGGGUAUAUGUUUUUACUGGUGUGUUUAAUAUAAACACACUUUUUAAACAACAAAGAAAAUUUUAACUUCAUGCUGACUGACACUAAGCUAUAGACAAUAAAGGAUACUAGGGCGGUUAAUUUAAAUGGUUUUUAAAUAAGCAAUUUUAAGUAGCUAGACCAGAAACCUCUACUAAUUUACCACUAAUACGUUAAAUGGGAUAUUAAAAUAAAGGUACGAAAAAUGGUAGCCUUUUCUUGUUUUAGGAAGGGAGUGAGCUUGAGUUUUGAUUACGUUACAGUCUGACAGCAAGAGACACUGCAAAAUAUUAAGAGGAAUUAUGCGUAUUGUUUAUCUAGGCCCUUUGAGAAUUUUUUGAGCACUUUAUACCCUAGCACCUCGCUGACCCCAAUGUAAAUAAUUUUAACCUACCUUUCAAACUUUGAUUUUAGUGUCAGUCAGGAUGUUGACACUGGCUAAAGCAUGUUAUUUUUAAAAUCCGAUUUAAAUCUGUGCCUGAAAAAAGAUGCUCUUGGAUGUCAGUUGAGGUAUGUGAACCAAGGUGAAGUUGGAUUAUUGGAUUAUGUUCCACUAGAUUAUAUUGACACAGUGUUGUAGAUGCAUGACUGCCACGAUGGUGUGUCUGUUACACAAAUUACAGAAGGUGAAACAAUUACUGUUCAAAAUAAUGCUAAGCUUUCUCAUUUUGUCUUAGCCACUUAGCACAAACUUGUUUUGUAAAUUUCCCCAUAUUUGCCAAAAAAUCUGUGUGUAUAUAUACUUAUAUAAAUAUAUAUAAAGUUUGCAUUUGUAAUAAUAAAAUACUUGAACUACUGUGGUUCUCCAUAAACGUAAAGAAUAAGAUUUAAACUCUAUUAAAAUAUGUACAACUUCAUCAAAAAUAUAUCGCAAGGUGGGUUGUUUGUUUUUAGGAUUAUCAUUGGUUUAUUUCUCUCCUACCUUAUCGGGGGUUGCCUAGCUAAAGCUAUUCAGCCUUUCUGUCAAUAAGGUGCACUUUUUCCCAGGUCUCUUGUAGACAGUUCAUGACAUGAAUGACUCCGUGUACAGGGUGGGAGGGGAAUCUGAAUUAUGAAACUAUCCCCAGGAAAAGGCCUGCUUAAUUGUAUUUAAACUUGUGAAUGCCUAUGCUAUAACUGUGCUAAAUUGUGUGCCUUUAAUAUUAAUAGAGUUUUCACACUCCCAGCAUACUAUUAGCAAUGGUAUUAUAGCAAUUAGCAAUAUUAUGUGCAGAAUAGGGCAGUAAUGCAAUAAACGUCAUUCUGAGAUCACUAUUUCUAUGGAAUAAAGUAGCGCCUCAAAUUUUAAAUACAUGGUGAAUAUUGAAGAUGACUACUGAUUUCAUGUGUAAGUCUAACACUUAGCCCUAUUGUCUGAAUACUAUUUGAACAAUCAGAACCUGUCUUAGACUUAUUUGUAAAUUGUACUUGUCUAAACCUUUGCACUCCAAAUUGUGUCGCAGCUUGGACCUUGUUUUUUGUAGGAGGAUUUACAGAAAAUACAAAUGCCACUUUUCUAAGGGCUGGGCUAUACUGAAGGGGCUUCCAUUCUAUGUGGUUUUUGUUUGUUUUUUAAAAGUAAUAAUUAAAGAUGCCAGUUUUGUAAAA